AUGGCAAUCAACGACGACAGGAAGCGGCCUUCCGCUUUGAAGCUCGCUCCUAAGCGAUCAGACUCCACAGACUCAUCCUCUACCAGCUCCUCGCUGGCGAAGCCGCCAAGGACACCACGCUUUGCUGAGGCAACGAGCAUUCACUCACCUAUUGAGCCGAGAGAAACACCGUUUUCUGGAAAUGAGAGGAACGUAGUACCUCAGUCCCAGCCGGGCGAUGUUGGAUUUGGAUAUAUCAACGACAGCUCCAGGGAAUCUGUCACCGUGCCCAUGACGCCCGCGUCGCCCUUGAAGAGCGCGAUGAAGGUGCCAGGAACACCGGGACGGGGCCUGAACCCCUUGAGCCCGACCUUCCGCGAAGAGCAGGUUUUGGAGAAGACGGAGGCAUCAACCGAGAAGCAGCAGGUUAAGGAUUUGAGAAUCAAGACUAGAGUUCGUAUGGCAAAGUUCGCCCUCCGUGGUGUCAACUUCAGCUGCAGUUUGAUCAUCCUUUCCAUGCUUUCUUCCUCGUUCGCCAUUUUCAACGCCACCAAGGCUCUCCCAGCUCAGAACGGUCUGCCUCCAUGGGCAAGCAACACAAACUCGUGGCCACAAAAAGUUGUCCUCGCCGCCUCUUGCGUCUCCCUCGCCAUUUGUGUGCUUGUCUUUAUUGGGUAUUGCCGUGGUGGUCACCGAAGGGCCGAGAAAGUUGGUGUCUACUACACGCUAUUCGCAGUCGGCUGGUUCAUUUUCAGCAUGGCUAUGUGGGCAGUCGCUGCUGGUGUGCUCCAGUUUAGCAGGAACAACAGCAACAACAAGGAUAUGUGGGGAUGGGCCUGCGUGCAGAACCAUCGCUCCGAGCUUUUCGAUGACAAGGUUGACUAUGCUCUUGUUUGCAGACUUCAGAACUGGACUCUGAUCUGCAUCAUUAUCGAAAUUGUUGUUGAGGUUAUCAGCAUCACUCUCUACAGCAUUGUUUUCUACCGUUACUACUCUAAGCGCCGCCUCACUAAGUCGAUGGACAUGCGAGACAAGGCCCGAUCUGACCUGUACCUCGCUCAGCUUCGCACCCAGUCCGCUCCCAACACCCCUGGCUUCGGACCCAAGUCACCUGCCUUCUCUAUGGCCGGCCCGAAGUCGCCAGCUUUCUCACAGUAUGCGCUCUCCCCGCGCCUGCCACCAGCUGCUGCAUACCGCUCGCUCGGUGAUAUUGAGGAGGCGUCUCCGUUCACCCCUGGUGGACAGCGACUUCACGAGCCCCAGUCCUCGUUCACCAAGCCCGCAGCCGACAAGCCUUUCAAGCUACAGGCACCGCCCGUCAAGGCCCCCUCAGCAACCCCGAGGCUCGGCCAGAAAGGAUUCUCACCAGUCGAGGAAGCCGCUCCAGGUCUACCUCAAAACUUCAACUCUCACGGCCCUGUCGCGCCAGGUGAGCAGCAGUAUGACGCCGUUCCCAUUCCGGGCGCGUAUGCUGGUGCCGCCGUGAAGAGUCCCCCUCCUACACAGACCAGCUUCGGCCGAUAA